AUGGACGGCCCACCAUUAUUGCGAAACGAACAUGAUGUUAGAACUCCAACGAGGGUAGUCGGUUUGAUUCUGUUGCCAACCUUGGCGUUGGCGCUCAAGCUUAUUUCGGGGGCUCAUGACGAGCAUCUUGGACACCAGCACCAGCACCACCAGCAGUACUUGAGACAACCACCAAGUGGUGCUUUUCCAUCCUUUGCCACCACCAUUACCCGAAAUCUAGAACAAGCAACGGAUGAUGCUGCUGCUGCUGAAACGUGUACCCUCGAUUGUUGUUGGCAAUACGAGCCGACGAUUUGCCCUUCGGAAAAUGCCUGGAUUGAAGCCAUUCCGUUUGGGUUGCAAAUUGCCUUGAUCAUACUUUUCUUGUGCUUGUCGGCACUCUUUUCGGGUCUGACUUUAGGGCUCAUGUCUCUAGACAAGACGGGCCUGGAAAUUGUCAUGGGGGGAGACGAUCCCGUUGCGGCCGGAUACGCCAAGAAAAUCUAUCCCGUCCGAGAAGAUGGAAACUUGUUGUUGUGUACACUAUUGUUGGGAAAUGUGGCUGUCAAUGCUCUGCUGUCCAUUUUCUUGGCAGCGUAUACGGGUGGAAUCAUUGGUUUUAUCUCCUCGACCUUUCUCAUUGUCAUUUUUGGAGAAAUUGUCCCUCAAGCAUUGUGCUCUCGGUAUGCACUCAAAAUUGGAGCUAGAACCGUUCCACUCGUCAAGGCCAUUCGAAUUCUUCUUUACGUUUUGACUGCUCCACUGGCGAAAGCUUUGGACUGUGCUCUCGGUAGAGAGUUGGCAUCCACUUAUAGUAAUGCCGAAAUGCUAAAGCUUUUGCAAAUUCACGUCCAAGAAAAUGUUCUGGACAAGGACACGGCGGGUGCCAUGACUGGGGCCUUGACGUACAAGAAUAUGAGCGUGGAAGACGUCAUGACACCUAUGGAGCGUACUUUUAUGCUCGAUGUGGACGACAAGCUUAGUUUUGAAAAAAUUGCCGCGGUCUUUAAGACUGGCUACUCCAGAAUUCCUGUCUAUGAAAUCUCGAGGCACAAUGUGAUUGGUCUGCUCUUUGUCAAGGAUCUGAUCUUCAUUGAUCCAGAAGAUGAAGUCCCCAUUCGAAGUUUUAUUCAAAUCUUUGGACGUAAUGUCCACGUGGUUUGGCCGAAUGACAACCUUGGGGAAGUUUUGGCCGAACUGAAAAAGGGAAAAUCCCACCUUGCCCUCGUCCGAGAUGUCGACAAUGAGGAUGACACCAAAGACCCAGUCUAUGUCAUGCGAGGAAUCAUUACACUCGAAGAUAUUAUUGAAAAGAUUAUUGGAGAUUCCAUUGUCGAUGAAACGGAUGCUUUCAUGGACAAUACUCAAGAAGUCAAGGUAGAUCGUGUCGAAGGCUUUCAAUGGGCCCGUCUUCGUUUGUUGGAUUCCAAGAUUACCGACAAGCGUCUUUCCGAAAGUGAGGUACAUGCCGUUACGGCGCACUUGCAAACGAAUCAUUCCGAAACCUUCAAGCUGUUGACGCAUGAUCAACUGACUGCCCUUGUCUCCCGAACGCCAUUGUGCAAUUUUGAAGAAGCCCAGAGAGAAGUGGGACAGGCACUCCCCAAUGAACUCUUGUACGAAACGAAUAAGCCAAGUGAUGUCUUUACACUAAUAUUAGGUGGUAAGGUGACCAUUUUGGUGGGAUCCGAAAGCUUUCGAUCGGAUCUUUCUUCCUGGUCUGUCCUCGGCAAGGGCGCACUGGAAAAUGCUGCCUUUGCACCAGAUUUUACCGCCUAUGUGAGCGAUGGACCUUGCAAGUGUCUUCGUAUCACACGCGCCGAUUUUGACAGUGCUGUGGAUGCCUCCGCGGUGGAGCGCCGAUCCUUGAGUGAUCCUCGGCUUCCUGGAAGUGCAAGAAGACUAUCGUCAACGGGCAGCGUGAAUAGCGAAGUUUUGAACACCAUUAGUGAGUUGGGAGUAUCCAACCAUCGCAAGCAUACUCUUGUCACCUUGAUGUCGAAUGACGCCAAGGAUGACGACAAGGUACCCGAUAGUCCGAGCAAAUCGCGGUUGAGUCUUCGCUUUGCAGAUGUCAUGGAUUCAGAAGACAUAAUAAACAACGGAAUUCCAGAAAAUGGUGGGGAGAAGACUCUUGAUGCCUAA